AUGGCCUCCCGCCAAUACGUGUCUGGCGGCGAUUGGCCCGCGGCGGAGCCGCGGCGGCCGUGGGCGCGGCGGUACCGCUUCGAGGAGGGGCCGGCGGCGCUGGUCGUGGACGUGCUCGAGGUGCUGGACUCGCAGUACGGCCUGUACGUGUGGCCCUGCGCCGUGGUCCUGGCCCAGUACCUGUGGGCGCACAGGCGUAGCCUGCCCGGCAAGCGAGUGCUGGAGAUCGGUGCCGGUGUGAGUCUCCCCGGCGUGGUGGCCGCCAGGUGCGGUGCCCAGGUGAUCCUGUCGGACAGCGAGGAGCUGACCCAGUGCCUGCAGAGCUGCCGCAGCAGCUGCCUCCUGAACUGCCUGCCCUGCGUGCCCGUCCUCGGCCUCAGCUGGGGCCGCGUGUCGCCACAGCUGCUCUCUCUGGCACCCAUAGACAUUAUUUUAGGCUCAGAUGUCUUUUUUGACCCCAAAGACUUUGAAGAUAUUGUAACUACAAUUUACUUCUUGUUGGAGAAGAACCCACAUGCUCAAUUCUGGACAACUUACCAAGUCCGGAGUGCUGACUGGUCUAUCGAGGCUCUGCUCUACAAAUGGAACCUGAAGAGUAUCCACGUUCCCCUGCAUUCCUUUGGGGCAGACAAAGAGCACUUGGCCAGCUCCUCUAUGCCAGGAAGACACACAAUUGAAAUGAUGAUCAUCUCACUAGCACAGUCAGAGGGCACUUCACUUUAUUCCACUUUAGAUUUCAGUACAAGGUGAUACUCAGCUGUUCACUGUAGCACAGAGCUGCAGAGAACAGUCCUGGUUACAGCAAACCUCACGGAUAUUUUGAGGAAGCAGCAAUUCUUGAAACAUGCAUUGUAAAAAUAAAGCUGUUUAGUUUUCCA